AUGCUGGACAAGAUCGUUCUGCUGGGACACGCUACGGCGGGGAAAACCUCGCUAAUCCAGCAGUUCACAGAGAGAACAUACCGCCGGACCUACUCCCCCACCGUCGAGGACUUCUAUACGCAGGUGGUCAAGUUUCCAGAUGGCCUAUUUCGAGCUGUGGAGAUCAUCGACACAUCCGGUGGAGAUGACUUCCCUGCGAUGAGAUCUCUGCGAAUCACACAGGGAACAAUGUUCAUCGUAGUAUACGCCAUAGACGACAUGCAUUCUUUCAGGGAGGCCACCAGAUACUGCAACAUGAUCAAGACAUGCAGGAAAAACGCUGACGUUCCUAUUUUAUUUGCUGCGAAUAAAUUGGACAACGUUGAGAAAAGAAUCAUCACUUCCGAGAUGGCACUAGACAUGGCGAGAAAGUUGAAUUGUCCCCAUGUGGAGGUGAGCGCCAGAUGGAACCUGAAUGUACAGGGCAUGUUCGAUAUGGUCCUGUCCAUGAAGCUCGCUGUCAGAAAGGAGAGCACAGUUCAGCCUAGGAAUGACAAAGUCACACGACCUCGCUUUGAUUGCUUGAGUGAGAAGAAAUCUCCGGUUCCGGAUCGAGGGAAGUUUCCAAUACAGAGGUCGAAUACUUACCAUGGGUUCUCCCAAGAAACCAUUGCAAGAGCCAAGCAACAUACCAAGCGACAAAACAGUGUUGAUUUGAAGUAG